AUGACCUCCUUCAACACCUUCAGGCGCUUCAACGAGCUGCCGAAGGAGCUCCGUCUCCUGAUCUGGGAAUACCACUUCGAGUGCGCCCACCUGAUAGUCGUGCAUCCCGCGCUCGACAGCCAGAACCGCGACCCGAAGAAGGAAUUUUUGCGCUUCGAGUGCACCGUCCUCGACUCCGCCACCAACCUCAUCAUCCAGGAUGGCCGUCCGCCGUCUCCCUUGGUCAAUCACGAGGCCCACACCGUGGCCCUCUCGUGCCACCGCGAGUGGACCCGCGUCGGCUUCGGCAAGGAUCUCAGCGUAGCCGUCGCUUCCGGCCGCUCUCGCCCGCGCCCGCUCGACCCCAGGAUGCUCGUCGCCUCGGUCUCCGCCUUCGACCGCCGCAGCGUCCCGCGGGCCCAGCCCGUCUACGUCGACUGGAGCCGCGACAUGAUCUACCUCUGCGUCGCCCAGGCCGAGCAGGCCUUCUGGUCGCUCCGCCUCGUCCCCUGGCGCGACCGCGUCCGGAAGCUGGCCGUGCUCAUCCCCCAGAGCGAAUUCGACCGCGCCAUCCCCUUCGGCCCCACCGAUCCCAUCCGCGACAUCCUCGAGAGCACCACCGAGCUCGAGGAGCUGCUCGUCGUGCUGAUCCCCCAGGCCGACAUCGCCGCCGCUGCCGCCAGCGCCCACCCCGCCUCCGCCCUGAGCAGGGGCGCCUUCGGCUUCGUCCCGUACGUCGCCUAUCUCAAGGAGACCGGCCUCGCCAAGGACCACGUCAUGUACGCCCGCACCGCCAUGUCGUUCAAGGAUGCCCUGGCCGGCCUCCCGAAGAAGAUCAAGCUCGAAAGGGUCGUCGACCUCGACUAUCAGCCUUCCAAUUUUGGUUACUAUCAACGCAGGAUACUCCUCGAGAGCGGACGGUCAUAG